GGAGCGGAGCGCAGAGCGCGGCGCGGCAGCCCCGGCACCACCGACGGCGCAGCGGGAGCGAGCGGAGCCGGGAGGCGCGCUCCGGGCACACAGAGCCGAGCCGAGCCGAGCCGAGCCGAGCCGAGCGGCCGGCGCCCUCCCCAGUCCCUGCUCCGCGCCGCGCCCCUCCGGCCAGCAUGAGGCUCCUGCCAGCCGCGCUGCUCCUGCUGCUCCUGGCGCUCUGCGCCGCACGCGUGGACGGAUCCAAGUGCAAGUGCUCCCGAAAGGGGCCCAAGAUUCGCUACAGCGACGUGAAGAAGCUGGAAAUGAAGCCAAAGUACCCGCACUGCGAGGAGAAGAUGGUUAUCAUCACCACCAAGAGCGUGUCCAGGUACCGGGGUCAGGAGCACUGCCUACACCCCAAGCUGCAGAGCACCAAGCGGUUCAUCAAGUGGUACAACGCCUGGAACGAGAAGCGCAGGGUCUACGAAGAGUAGGGUGAAAUAUCCCACAUGGGAAAACUUCACACCAGCUGGGAGACAAGCAAAGGACUCUGCAGAUAAAAAAACAAACCUUUUCUUUCUCACAGGCAUAAGACACAAAUUAUAUAUUGUUACAAAGCACUUUUUACCAAGGGUCAGUUUUUACAUUUUAUAGCUGUGUGUGGAAGGAAGGCUUCCAGAUGUGAGACCCUUCUCUCUUGUGCUCCAGACUUUAUCACACACUGCUUUUUACCGAAAAGGGGGAAACUCAUGCCUUUCCUUUGUAAAAAAAAAAAAAUGCUUUUUUUGUAUUUGUCCAGACAUCACUACAUCUGAGCUUUAUAAGCGCCUGGGAGGAACACAGAGCUUGGUUGAAACAUUUCAUAGCAGCAUUGCUCCGUUGCUAAUGCAGGAAGCUUCCGCUCAGAGGUCCUGGCGCCUCAGCACAGCUGCCACGGGCUCUCCUGGGCUCAUGGUUGGUCACAGCCUCAGGGGGACUCCACAGUGGCCCCUGUCAUGGGGCAAGCAGAAGCCAAUCUCUCGGCAUCUGUUCUUUGAGGAACCUGAGGUUGGCUGCCAGAGAAAUGUGCUUCAUUCCCACCCCCAUCUCCUGGUUUAUUUUUGCAUACUCUAGGAAACAUUUCCAAGAUUCUGGGAUGGCAAAGCAUAAGGUCCUUAAGGAAGGGGUUGGGUCUUCUUCUUGUGAAAGGUUCACUGCUUCAGUAUUUAAUGCUCUGGAAGCACGUGAAGUUCCCAACACUGUUAGCAAAACCUUACAAGAAAACCUAAUACAAGAAAUACAAGAAAACCGAUACAUGCACAAUCCCACAGCUACAGACACACCUUCUAUUGAUGAUGGAGAACCUUCAAAGCAUGUCUCUUUCUCUCCUUGCAACAGAAUAGGCAGUACAGAAGAAGCAUUCUAUCUGCGAUUCCCCCGUGUAAUUCAAUGUUAAAUAGCGCAGUCCUCUUUGAAAGCUGAGAUGACCACAUGCCCUUUCCUUUGUAAAUAUACUCUGAAGAAAGCCCCCUCCACACACUGCCCCUUCAGUAUAUGCCUCGUUGUACUGCUGUGUCAUAUGCUACGCACAUGUCAGAAACCAUUAGCGUUGCAUGCAGGUUUCAUAUUCUUUCUAAGACAAAAAGAAAAGUAAUAAAAUAUAUUUGAAAUGUA